AUGACUAUCCUCGCCGAGACCACGCCGGAAUCGAUCCCCGGCACGGUCCACCUCGUCGACCUGGACCAUACCAUGCACACGCGCCAUGCCGACGCGGGCGCCGGUGACAUUGUGCUGGUACCGACCCCGUCCAACGACCCCAACGACCCGCUCAACUGGUCACCGCGAAGGAAGAUCCUUUCGACCAUCUGCACGAAUCUAUACACUUGGUUCACGGGCAUGUCAGUUUCAACGGUUUAUUCGGUCCUCGUGCCUCUCUCCGCGGCGUCAGGCGUGUCCGUGUCGACCCUCAACCAGGGUACCGGCUACAUGUUUCUGUUUCUCGGCUGGAGCUUGCUCUUCUGGCAGCCUUUCUCGCUGAGGUACGGCAAGCGCAUGACCUACCUGAUCUCAAUCCUCGGAUCGCUGGGCACCAGCAUAUGGAGCGCCUACGUGACGAGCAAUGGCGAAUGGAUCGCUAAGUGCAUCAUUCAGGGCUUCUUCAACGCGCCCAUCGAGGCUCUGCCCGAGAUCUCCGUCACUGAUGUGUACUUCACCCACCAGCGAGGCACAUACAUGGGCAUUUACGCCUUCACCCUGGCCGGCAGCAACUACUUCACUCCCGUCCUCUGCGGCUUCAUCGCCGACGGCCAGGGCUGGAGAUGGGUCUUCUACUGGCCGGCCAUAUUCCUCGCCGCGGUUUUCAUCUUCCUGUUCUUCUUCAUGGAGGAGACCAACUACACUCGCAAGACCGCCGGGCUCAUUGUGGAGGUCGACACCCCGCCGCCAGAGCCCUCGGCCGCGAUGGACGCAACAGACAAGGAGAAGCUUCCCACGACCGUGCUCUCGACCGCCCCGUCGCCCGCCCAGUACGGCUCGCCGAAGACGUUCGCGCAGAAACUGUCGCUCUGGAGCCCGCAGCCGGGCCAACCCAUGUUCCAGCGAGCGUGGCGCAGCCUGACGUACCUGACCUGGCCGGUUAUCUUCUAUGCGGGCUUCUCGUACGGCUCGUACCUGAUCUGGUUCAACGUGCUAAAUGCGACGGCCUCGAUCAUCCUGGGCGGGCCGCCCUACAACUUCAAGCCCUCCAUGGUCGGCCUGUCGUAUCUGUCGUGCACCAUCGGCGUCAUCAUAGGCUGUCUUGUCUCCGGCAGACUCAGUGACUGGCUCACCAUCAAGCUCGCCCGUCGGAACAAUGGCAUCAUGGAGGCCGAGCAGCGCCUCUGGCCCUUCAUGCUCUGUGUUCUGGUCGUACCCGCCUCCUUGAUCUUGUGGGGAGUUGGCGCCGCGCACGGGGUCCACUGGUUCGGCCUGAUCUUCGCCAUGGGUUCGUUGGCGUUGGCCACCACGUUUGGAGUCACCCUCAGUGUCAACUACAUGAUCGACAGCUAUCACGGAAUCAGCGGCGACGCCAUCGUGACGGUGAUCCUGGUGCGGAACACCAUGUCCUUUGCCAUCAGCUACGGCAUCACGCCCUGGUUGACCAACUUGGGCUAUCAGAACUGCUUCAUCUCCGCCGCCUUUAUCGGCAUGGCGGCCUCGUCCGUUUUCUUCGUCAUGAUCCUUUAUGGCAAAAAGUUCCGUGUCUCCAGCGCCGCGAAAUACUGGAAGCUUGUGGGUGCCGACAGGGAGAAGUCGCAGGCACUUUGA